AUGGCGUGCGCCGAGCGCUGCUGCCGCUGCUGCGCCGAGGGCCGGCGGCACAGCAGCAUCCUCUACAGCAUCCUCCGCAGCGAGGAGCGGGCGGUGCCGCCGGCCGGGCCGGCGCCCCGGGGCUGCCCGUGCGGGUCGCGGCGGCGGGUGGCCCUGCGAAGCCCGCAGGUGGCUUGCAAGGCGGCCUCGGCCGUGCUGGUGAAGACGCUGCGCUUCGUCCAGAACGUGCCCUGCUUCCAGGAGCUGCCGCUGGAGGAGCAGCUGCUGCUGGUCCGCAGCUGCUGGGCGCCCCUGCUGCUGCUGGGGCUGGCGCAGGACCGGGUGCACCUGGAGACGGUGGAGAGCGCGGAGCCCAGCAUGCUGCAGCGCAUCCUCACCGCCCGGCAGCACGGCGAGCGGGCACCGGCACCGGCACAGGGCCGGCCGCACCACGGCCCGCACCUGCCCUCGGCCGGCGAGAUCCAGGCUAUCAAAGGCUUCCUGGCCAAAUGCUGGAGCCUGGAUAUCAGCACCAAAGAGUACGCUUACCUCAAGGGAACGGUGCUCUUCAACCCGGAUCUACCUGGACUGCAGUGCACUCAGUACAUUGAAGGAUUGCAGAGGGAAGCACAACAAGCUCUAAAUGAACACAUCAGACUCAUUCACAGAGGUGAUGAAGCCAGAUUUGCCAAGCUGAAUGUUGUUCUCUCCUUGCUAAGAUCUAUUAAUGCUAAUGUGGUUGCUGAGUUAUUCUUCAGGCCCAUCAUUGGAGCAGUGAACAUGGAUGACAUGCUUUUGGAAAUGCUUUGUGCAAAAUUAUAAUUAAAAUUAUAAAGGUGUGUAAAAUAAUGACAAGAAGUCCAGUGCAAAGGAAGCCCCAGAGCAGGAUAGUGUAAAGUAUUGUAAAUAAACUAACUUAUUGUUUUUACAUAGAUAGUAUUUUUGUAUUACAUAAUAAAAUAUUCUUCAAGUUCUGGAAGUAAUUUUUAUUAAACACAGUGGCUUUGAAAUAAGGUAAUAGUCAUCAAAACAAGCUUUAAGGUUGUAGAGAAUGUUCAUAUCCAAAGUUGACUGGCUAUUCUUUUACCAUGCCUCUAGAAUAAAGAACGUAUUUACUAUAUUGUACUUUCAAGGUGAGUAAUCCCCAGUUUUUCAAAAUAAGCACAGUCUUACUGCUAUUCUUAUUACUUCUAUUGACUUUAAC